AUAUAUAUAUACCUGUAAUAAAAGACUUCCUGAGAUAUACCAUAGUACCUUAGUAAUUUAAGGAAUGAACAAAAUGGUGAAAUAAAUGGAUUAAAGUAACCCAAAAAGACUUAUUAAGGAAAACUAUUUCAAGUAAAUCUGUUUGUUAUGAAAAUAAAAAUACUUUCUGUAACCCUGGUGCUGCUGGUUGCAACCUGUGGGGCGGCUACAGAUGAACCUGACUGGUAUGAUGGAACGCAGUACACUUUUCGGGACGAGCUACAGCCGAGCUCAAGCUCGCAUGAGCUCUGUAAAAGUUGUGUGCAAUCACUUCCCGGUUACGUCACAGAUGGACCUAAUAUUGUAGCUACAGAUUAUAUUCUACCGCCCUUCAAUAAUCCUAACAGUCGUGGACCAGAUCAGUUCGCAUCACAGAUACGGAACUACUUUCUUCAGAGCACGGACUCAUUUUCUGGCAAAAAUUGUGUAGGAUGCGCUCAUUCUCUCCCAUCUUAUGCAACAGAUGGACCUAUAGUUGUAGCAACGGAUUAUAUACUAUCACCACAAAGACAAGAGUUACCAGAUCAGUACGCAUCAAAGGGGUGGAACUAUUUUUAUGAACGUUUCUACAAUAAAAGGCCUGAAUAUAUUGUAAAUUGGUUCGAUCAAGAUGUUACGGUCCCAGAGUCUGUAACCUGUUCAGAAAAGAAGUCAUCUUCAACUGACAUUGACAUUUUUCCAACAAGUUUUACAGCUACAGUUACAACAAGCUGGGAGGAAUAUUCUUUUAGCUUAACGGAAACAGGCAUAUUUUCAACCCCUGCAUUAAGCAAAACCCCUGAAAGUGGAACAUUGACGCCUGUCAUUAGUGAACUAUUGUCAACAACAAAUAUUGAAACAACACCUACAAUAAGUGAAACAAUUACACCUACCAGAAGUGGAACAAUUAUACCUUCUAUAAGUGGAACAGUUGCACCUACGACAAGUGGAACAGUUACACCCAUGGCAAGUGAAACAGUUACACCUACAAGUGGAACAGUUACACCUACAAGUGGAACAAUUACACCUACAAGUGGAAUAAUUACACCUACAACAAGUGAAACAAUUACACCUACAACAAGUGAAACAAUUACACCUACAACAAGUGAAACAAUUACACCUACAACAAGUGGAACAAUUACACCUACAACAAGUGGAACAGUUACACCUACAACAAAUGGAACAAUUACACCAACGACAAGUGGAACAAUUACACCUAUGACAAGUGGAACAAUUACACCUAUGACAAGUGGAACAAUUACACCAACGACAAGUGGAACAAUUACACCUAUGACAAGUGGAACAAUUACACCUAUGACAAGUGGAACAAUUACACCUACAACAAGUGGAACAAUUCAGCCCACGACAAGUGGAACAGUUACACCUACAACAAGUGGAACAACGCCACCUACAACAAGUGGAACAACACCAUCUACAACAAGUGGAACAAUUGGAACAACAAGUGGAACAAUUACACCUACAACAAGUGGAAUAUUUACACCUACAACAAGUGGAACAACACCGCAAACAACAAGUGGAACAACGCCAUCUACGACAAGUGGAACAACGCCAUCUACAACAAGUGAAACAACACCAUCUACAAUAAGUGGAACAAUUACACCUACAGCAAGUGGAACAACACCAUCUACAACAAGUGAAACAAUUGGAACAACACGUGGAACAAUUACACCUACAACAAGUGGAAUAUUUACACCUACAACAAGUGGUACAACACCACCAACAACAAGUAGAAUAACGCCAUCUACGACAAGUGGAACAACGCCACCUACAACAAGUGGAACAACACCAUCUACAACAAGUGUGACAAUUACUCCUACAACAAGUGGAACAAUUACAUCUACAACAAGUGGAACAACACCAUCAACAACAAGUGUUACAAUUUCACCUACAACAAGUGGAACAAUUACACCUACAACACGUGGAACAAUUACAUCUACAACAAGUGGAACAACGCCUUCUACGACAAGUGGAACAACGCCAUCUACAACAAGUGGAACAACACCAUCAACAACAAGUGUAACAAUUACACCUACAACAAGUGGAACAAUUACAUCUACAAUAAGUGGAACAACGCCAUCUACGACAAGUGGAACAAUUUCAUCUACAACAAGUGGAAUAAUUACAUCUACAACAAGUGGAACAACACGGUCAAUAACAAGUGUUACAAUUUCACCUACAACAAGUGGAACAAUUACACCUACAACAAGUGGAACAACGCAAUCUACCACAAGUGGAACAACACCAUCUACGACAAGUGUAACAAUUACACCUACAACAAGUGGAACAAUUACAUCUACAACAAGUGGAACAACACUAUCAACAACAAGUGUUACAAUUUUACCUACAACAAGUGGAACAAUUACAUCUACAACAAGUGGAACAACGCCAUCUACGACAAGUGGAACAACGCCGCCUACAACAAGUGGAACAACACCAUCUACAACAAGUGUAACAAUUACACCUACAACAAGUAUAACAAUUACACGUACAACAAGUGGAACAACACCAUCAACAACAAGUGUUACAAUUUCACUACAACAAGUGGAACAACACCACCUACAACAAGUGGAACAAUUACACCUACAACAAGUGGAACAACACCAUCUACAACAAGUGAACAAUUACACACUCUACAACAAAGUGGAACAACACACUACAACAAGUGGAACAAUUACAUCCACAACAAGUGGAACAAUUACACCCACAAGUGGAACAAUUGCACCUACAACAAGUGGAACAAUUACACCUACAACAAGUGGAACUAUUACACCUACAGCAAGUGUUACAAUUACACCUACAGCAAGUGGUACAACACCACCUAUAACAAGUGGUACAACACCAACUGUAACAAGUGGAAUAACACCAUCUACAACAAGUGGAACAACACCAUCUACAACAAGUGGAACAGUUACACAUACAACAAGUGGUACAAUGCCACCUACAACAAGUGGAACAACACCAUCUACAACAAGUGAAACAACACCAUCUACAACAAGUGGAACAAUUACACAUACAACAAGUGGUACAAUGCCAUCUACAACAAGUGGAACAACACCACCUAUAACAAGUGGAUACAAUCACCAUCACAACAAGUGGACAACACCACUAUACAACAAUGGUACAACACCAUCUACAACAAGUGGAACAACACCACCUAUAACAAGUGGAACAACACCAUCAACAACAAGUGGAACAACACCAUCUUCAACAAGUGGAACAAUUACACCUACAACAAGUGGUACAACACCACCUAUAACAAGUGGAACAACACUAUCUACAACAAGUGGGACAAUACCACCUAUAACAAGUGGAACAACACUAUCAACAACAAGUGGAACAACACCAUCUUCAACAAGUGGAACAAUUACACCUACAACAAGUGGAACAAAACCAUCAACAACAAGUGGGACAACACUAUCAACAACAAGUGGAACAACACCACUUUCAACAAGUGGAACAAUGACACCUACAACAAGUGGUACAACACCACCUAUAACAAGUGGAACAACACCAUCAACAACAAGUGGAACAACAGCACCUACAACAAGUGGAACAACACCACCUACAACAAGUGUUACAAUUACACCUACAACAAGUGACACAACACCACCUAUAACAAGUGGAACAACACCAUCAACAACAAGUGGACCAACACCAUAUACAACAAGUGGAACAAUUACACCAACAACAAGUGGAACAAUUAAGCAUACAACAGGUGGAACAAUUACACAUACAACAAGUGGAAUAUUUACAUCUUCAACAAGUGGUACAACACCAUCUACAAUAAGUGGAACAGUUACACCUACAACAAAUGGUACAACACCGCCUACAACAAGUGGAACAACACCAUCAACAACAAGUGGACCAACACCAUAUACAACAAGUGGAACAAUUACACCUACAACAAGUGGUACAACACCACCUACAACAAGUGGAACAGUUACACCUACAACAAGUGACACAACACCACCUAUAACAAGUGGAACAACACCAUCAACAACAAGUGGACCAACACCAUAUACAACAAGUGUUACAAUUACACCUACAACAAGUGACACAACACCACCUAUAACAAGUGGAACAACACCAUCAACAACAAGUGGACCAACACCAUAUACAACAAGUGGAACAAUUACACCUACAACAAGUGGUACAACACCACCUACAACAAGUGGAACAGUUACACCUACAACAAGUGGUACAACACCACCUACAACAAGUGGAAGAAUUACACCUACAACAAGUGGUACAACACCACCUACAACAAGUGGUACAACACCACCUAUAACAAGUGGAACAAUGACACCUACAACAAGUGGUACAACACCACCUACAACAAGUGGAACAGUUGCACCUACAACAAGUGGAACAAUUACACCUACAACAAGUGGUACAACACCACCUAUAACAAGUGGAACAAUUACACCUACAACAAGUGGUACAACACCACCUACAACAAGUGGAACAAUUACUCACCACCUACAACAAGUGGUACAACACCACCUACAACAAGUGGAACAAUUACACCUACAACAAGUGGUACAACACCACCUACAACAAGUGGAACAAUUACACCUACAACAAGUGGUACAACACCACCUACAACAAGUGGAACAAUUACACCUACAACAAGUGGUACAACACCACCUACAACAAGUGGAACAAUUACUCCUACAACAAGUGGUACAACACCAUCUACAACAAGUGGAACAAUUACACCUACAACAAGUGGUACAACACCACCUAUAA